AGAUUGACCAGCACACUCACACAGUGUAACAGAUAACUAUGAAGUUGCUUGUGGUGCUUGCACUGGCUGUUUUCACAGGUUGCCAUGCCAACCUAUUCUACGCUGAUGAGCCAAAGCCUCAGCUGGAACAGCUGACUGAUGCCUUCUGGGACCAUGUCGCCAAGGCAACCAGUACAGCAGAUGAUGUCAUCCAGACAAUCAGGAAGAGUCCUUUUGGGCAGGAUAUUAAUGCCCGCAUGACGAACACAGUUCUCUUGGCCAACCAGUACGGCGUUUCCCUGCAUAAACGGGUAUCUCCUAUGGCCAAGAACCUGAUGUCACAGAUUACCCAGGAGGUGGAGGAGAUCAGUCAGCGUUUGAGCCGUGACCUCACGAGGGCCCAUGAGACACUGGAGCCCUUCAUCGAGGAGAUGAAGAUCCAGGUCCAGCAGACAGUGGAGCAGCUGAAACAGGAGCUGGCCCCUUACGCAGAGUCCCUGGACUCAGACGCCCUGAGAGCCACCCUGCUGCAGAAGAGCGAGGAGCUGAAGAUCAGCCUGGACCAGAGCGUGAAGGAGCUGCAGGCCCAGCUGGGCCCCUACACUGAGGAGCUGAGGCAGAGAGUCGACCAACGUCUGCAGGAGUUCCAGAAAAGUGUGGCCCCCCUGGCUGAGAACCUCCAGAGCCAGCUGACCCAGAGAGCAGAGCUGGUGCAGCAGAGCCUGGCUCCCUAUGCUGAGGACCUGAGGGAGAAGCUGGACCCCUACGCCCAGGACCUGAAGGCCCAGCUCACCUCCCUCUACCAGAGUUUCUCCAACACCAACUAAACCUGUAAUCUUAAACUCCAGUUUCAUCCUAAUGGCACUGACAAAUGAUAUUGUCCCAACACAAUUCCCACUGUUAUUAGAAACUGCAAAUGCUGAGUUUACAAACUGAACCACUUAGAAGCUAAACAUUUCUUCUUUUUAAAUUGAAAAUGUACGCCAAUUCUUAACAUGAUGUAUUACAAAAUGUUGAGAUAAAACUCAAUAAAAAAGACCGUUAUGUAUAUCGAUAA